AUGGCGGCUUCAAGGAUGUCGGCGGUGGCGGCAGUGGUGGCGGCUGCGGCUUCCUAUUCCACGCUCUCUAAUCGUUCUUAUGCCGAUUCGCCGUUCCGAUUUUCUCCUUUCUCAUCUUCUACACCAUCGUCGUCUGCUCCCGUCCCGGUGCAGGAUCCGAAAGCGGAUUCUUCUGCACCGGAUUCUCAUCCCGCAGUCGAAGAUUCGAAAGGGGGGUUCGAUCCAGAAUCGUUGGAGAGAGGGGCCAAAGCUCUCAGAGAAAUUAAUAGCUCUCCUCAUGCCAAACAGGUCUUUGAGGUGAUGAGAAAGCAGGAGCAGACGCGACUAGCGGAAUUGGCAGCGGAGAAGGCUAAUUUUGAGGCCAUUCAAGCUCAUGGUGAUAUCGAGAAGCAGCGAAAAUGGGCAGAAGACCAGAGGAAUCUGUAUCAACAACAAGCACAAGCUAAAGCGCAAAUGAUGAGAUAUGAAGACGAGUUAGCUCGAAAACGAAUGCAGACAGAUCAUGAGGCUCAGAGACGUCAUAAUGCUGAAUUAGUGAAAAUGCAAGAGGAGUCAUCCAUAAGAAAAGAACAAGCAAGACGAGCAACUGAGGAGCAGAUGCAAAUUCAGCAGCGACAAACUGAGAAAGAGAGAGCUGAGAUAGAACGUGAAACAAUAAGAGUAAAGGCUAUGGCUGAAGCGGAAGGUCGGGCUUAUGAAGCAAAAUUGACCGAGGACCAUAACAGGAGGAUGCUUUUAGAGCGAAUAAACGGUGAAAGAGAAAAGUGGCUUGCAGCAAUAAAUACAACUUUCAGUCACGUUGAAGGGGGAUUUCGGAUUCUAUUGACUGACAGGAGUAAGUUGUUAAUGACUAUUGGAGGGGCUACUGCAUUAGCUGCUGGAGUUUACACUACCAGGGAAGGUGCCAAAGUUACAUGGGGAUAUAUCAAUAGAAUUCUUGGGCAACCAUCUCUGAUUCGAGAAUCGUCCAUGGCCAAAUUUCCAUGGUCAGGAAUAAUUUCUCGAGGAUCUAAUAAGAUGCUUAAUUACAGCACUGUUGCAAGGGCAGCAGCACCUGCGCAAAAUAAAUCUCCUUUUGGAGAGAUCAUUCUGCAUCCUUCAUUGCAAAAAAGAAUAGAGCACCUUGCUCGGGCUACAGCAAACACUAAGACUCACCAAGCACCAUUUCGUAACAUGCUCUUUUAUGGGCCUCCUGGAACUGGUAAAACUUUGGUUGCAAGGGAGAUAGCUAGAAAAUCGGGUUUAGAUUAUGCCAUGAUGACAGGAGGAGACGUUGCACCACUGGGUCCACAGGCUGUUACCAAAAUCCAUGAGAUAUUUGACUGGGCAAAAAAGUCAAGAAAAGGUUUACUGCUUUUCAUUGAUGAGGCUGAUGCCUUUCUAUGCGAACGUAAUAGCAAACACAUGAGUGAAGCUCAACGAAGUGCUUUGAAUGCUUUGCUCUUUCGAACCGGGGACCAAUCUCGAGAUGUGGUUCUUGUUCUUGCCACAAACAGACCAGGAGAUCUUGACAGUGCUAUUACCGACCGUAUUGAUGAGGUUAUUGAAUUCCCACUUCCACGAGAGGACGAGCGUUUCAAAUUGCUGAAGUUGUACUUGAACAAGUACAUUUGUGGUGAAGAAGAUGGCAAGUCCAAAUGGGGACAUUUGUUUAAGAAGAAGCCACAGAAAAUAACCAUAAAAGAUCUGUCGGAUGAUGUCUUACGAGAUGCUGCACGGAAAACAGAAGGGUUCUCUGGUCGUGAGAUUGCAAAACUCAUGGCCGGUGUUCAAGCAGCUGUAUAUGGACGCCCGGAUUGUGUCUUGGAUUCCGAUCUAUUCAUGGAGAUUGUGGAUUACAAGGUUGAAGAGCAUCACCAGCGAAUAAAACUAGUAUCUGAAGGUGGUGAGCCGGCUUAG